AUGCCGGAGUUUAUUGUUUUCAGAGGCUCUGACAGUGGGGAGAUUGUGGAACGUCAAACUCAAUGUCCCGACCCUAUUGAGAAUGAAGUCCUCGUCCGAAUACUCAUUCCGGUCUGUGUGGAACCGACGAGCACUACAGACAUGCCAAUAUUGUUCUCGGACACGAAGGAGCUGGAGUUGUCGAAGCAGUCGGCCCCAAAGUUGCCUCUCAAGAUGCACAUGGUAGUUGUCUUCACGGACUCUCCUCCCGUGAUGGAGCCUCUGGAUCACCUCCUGGUCACGUCAGCGAAGCAGCCAAAUUGGGACGUUAUUUUCCAGAUCAUGGCGUCCGGGGGAACCAUCUAUGCUUUGACGGUGGAUAUGGAUGAGAUGAAGGCCCCCUAUCUACCCUUGGUCAUGAAAGCUUUGCGCAUCCAAGGCAGUCUGCCCGCAGCUCGAGGUAGCCAACGCGAGAUAAACAUCACCUUCCACGCCAGCGCCCUCACGCGCGCCGAGCGCAGCACCCUCCGCAACCAAAAGGGCCUCACAAUCUGGCUGACCGGCCUCUCCGCCUCCGGCAAAUCGACCAUCGCCGUGGAGCUCGAGCACCAACUGCUCCAGGCCCGCGGCGUGCACGCCUACCGUCUCGACGGCGACAACGUGCGCUUCGGCCUAAACAAAGACCUGGGCUUCAGCGAGAAGGACCGCAACGAGAAUAUCCGCCGCAUCGCGGAGGUCGCGAAGCUCUUUGCCGACAGCGCCUCCGUCGCGAUCACUUCGUUCAUCUCGCCGUACCGGGUGGAUCGCGACACGGCGCGCAGCCUGCAUGAGGUUCCUACCCCGGGUGAGGAGACGGGCUUGCCGUUCGUGGAGGUGUAUGUUGAUGUGCCUGUGGAGGUGGCUGAGCAGCGGGAUCCGAAGGGGUUGUAUAAGAAGGCUAGGGAGGGGGUGAUCAAGGACUUUACGGGCGUGAGUGCGCCGUAUGAGGAGCCGUUGAAGCCGGAGGUGCAUAUUAAGAAUGUGGACUUGCCCGUGAAGGACGCUGUGGCGCAGAUUAUUCAGUACCUUGAUGAGCAGGGGUAUUUGCCUGCUAAGAAGGAGUAA